GGGGGGGGGAUGGUCGGUUCUCCAGUCUCACCUGUUAUAAGGUGAGUGUACCUGGAAUAGUCACUCCGGCUCCCUCUGGAUAUCUCAGAUCUUCUCUGCACAGCCUCAGAACAGACACAACCAUGAGCUGCUUCACCUGCAUCAAGGUUCUGAUGAUCCUGUUCAAUCUGGCCAUCUUUUUGGCUGGAGGAGCUCUUCUCGGAGUGGGGAUCUGGGUCAGUGUGGACAGCGGAUCUUUCCUGAGGAUUUUUGGAACACUGGGAAGUGGAGCGGAUAGUAUUGCCUCCCAGUUUGUCAAUGUUGGGUAUUUCCUGAUCGUCAUCGGAGCUCUGCUGGUCAUCCUGGGAUUCCUCGGCUGCUGCGGAGCCCAGAAGGAGAGCAAGUGCCUGCUGAUUAUGUUCUUCUCCAUCGUACUGAUCAUCUUCAUCGCGGAGAUCGCUGGCGCCGUGGUGGCUCUGAUCUAUUCCUCUGUGGCGCAAAGUUUCCUGAAGUCCCUCCUGACUCCGGUUCUUCAGGAGGACUACGGGAAGGACCAAGAGGUGACCAAGACCUGGAAUGCCACAAUGACGAAGUUGGAUUGCUGCGCCCUCGACAACUACACCGACUUCACCAAUUCCUACUACGUGAGGACCAAUGACGGCUUUUACCCGCAACAGUGCUGCAAUGCCACCGUCACCAACACCACCGUCUGCGCCGCGUCUGAUGCCGCCAGGGCUGAUGUCAAGGGCUGCUACAAGCAGAUUCUGGACUUGCUGAAGACAAACGCAACCGUUGUGGGAGGAGUUGCGGCCGGAAUCGCUGCCCUGGAGCUGGCAGCCAUGGUGGUGUCCAUGUACCUGUACUGCAAGAUAGACAAGGACGACUCCAUGAACAGCUGAGGGCAAUCCAGUCCACAUAUUAUGUAAAGGACAUUUCAUGACGAGGAUCGGUGUCGAUGCGAAAUGAUGUUGGGCUCGGUGCCGCCCUCUAAUCGCACUUUAUAACGGAGCCUCUCAUUGGACUUGUGUAAUCAGACCACAUUCUAUACUGGACUCUGCAAAUCUAUGGAUGGGAACCCGUUUAUUAUACGCUGGGUGACCUAUGACCUCUCUGCAGAGCCGCCGCAGGGCACCGCGUUCGAUUGCGUUGUCACGUUUUCUCGCCUCGUUUAAGUUUUGGUGCCAAAAAAAUAGAAUGCAAAGAAAUCAGUUUUUCUUUAUUUUGGAUUUAUUUAAUGUCAUUUAUUCUUGUAAAGUGGAUAUAAUAAUAUGAA